AUGUCGAAUACGGCCCUCUUAUUUGGCCGCUCUGCCACUUAUAUAUCGGUCGUUUUGAAGCUUAAUUUGAGAUAUCUAGCGGUUCGUUAUAACCAUAUCCUUGAUUGGCACCCUACCUUGACGUAUGAGCGCAUGGCCACCUACGCCAGUAGCCUAGAAAAGGUCUCUAAGGGUGCCAUACGGAUUUGGGGCUUUAUUGAUGGCACUUUUCGUGAGAUAUGCCGACCAAUCAGGGAUCAGAAAAUAUUCUAUAAUGGCUAUGAGGGUGCACAUGGCAUCAAAUAUCAAGGGACUGUGGCGCCUGACGGCCUUAUCCUUUCUCUUCAUGGGCCUUUCCCCGGCUCCACGCACGAUAUUACCAUGUAUCAGUCCUGCGGGCUUCCCGAGAAGCUUCGUGAAAUAAUGAAACAACGAGAACAGCUAUUUUUAUAUGGGGAUAUUGCCUACACCAGUUCUUUCCGAAUUAUUACUCCAUACAAGGUCACGAGACCUCUUACGCGCAAGGAGAAGCGGCUCAUUAAGGUGCUGUCAAGUGACCGGAUAGGAAUUGAGAAUGCCUUUGGUAAGGUGGUCACCCAGUUCGCUACGACUCAAUUUAAGCCCGAUCAACCCGUCAACAAGCCCUCAUGCUUUUCCAAGGAUACCUGA